CAGAACAACACUUACCGUCGCCACCCACCUCCUUAGUUAUGGCGGUUCGCUCUAAUUCAUCGCUCUACUUCGGUUUCUGCCUAUCAUCCAUCGUUUUGCUACUUUCUUCUUCUCAUGCUCGAGCUCAAGCUUCAACUUUCAAAUACUGUGAUCAGAAUGCAGAAUAUGAUGUGAAGGUGAAGGGAGUGGCAAUAUUACCUGAUCCUGUGGUGAGAGGAGAACCCUUCACUUUUAAGAUAGCAGCUCACACUGGUGAACCGAUUCCAAGUGGUGACUUGGUAUAUCAAAUCACAUAUGCAGGAAUAGAAUCAGAACCUGCUACAUUUCAUCAUGAUCUCUGUGAGGAAGCACCAUGCCCUGUUCCUGCGGGCAAUUUUAUGCUCACUCACACCGAAUUAUUGCCUACAGUUACCCCACCGGGAACCUAUAAUGUGAACCUGACAUUUAAGGAUCAGAACGGCAAGCAGUUAACUUGCAUCGUCUUUCCCUUCAAAAUCGGUGCUGAAUCUUCAGUAUCUGCUAUCUAACUGUUCAGCGCAAAACUGAUCUUAGUUGCUACCUCAACUUUGCGCUUUUUUUAUUGUUUGUUUCGGUUUUAAUUUUUCUUGUGAACUAGGGAAGUAGCAAUUUAGCAUGCUGGCGCUAAUAAUGAAACGUUUUUGCUUGUAAUAAUAAAACAUAAAUUACUAUCUUCAAUGAAUUUCGACAUUUAAUGGC